UGUCACACCAGUAGUUAUUGAAUUGCGAACGAGUGUGGGUUGUACGAAACGCUCGACGAUCUGUGAUUUUGCUUUUGCCAUAAUACAGAGACUUUUGUUUCUGCUGCGAAGUCGUUUACUAGACAACUUAUGAAUUAUACAAGAGACGGAAACAGAGACAUUGCGAAAAUGUUUAACAAAUUACUUUUUAUUUUGCUUUUAUGUUUCAACUACAAUAAAUUUACUGCUGGCGCAAGCAGUGAUUGUAUGCCUCGGCGCACAAAAUACGGUUUAGUGUGUGUUUGCACGGCGGAGCACUGCGAUUACUUGGAGAAUCCCCAGCCAAGUUCAAAUGAGAUUGCACUAAUUUCUUCAAGCAAGGAAGGUCUACGCUUUGCCGUAAGUAAGUUAAGUUUCGGCGAAAUUAAUACAAAAACACAAACAAAUACCGAGACAAGCUUAAAAGUAGACGAAGAAGAUUUUAAAAAUUCAGCAGUGAUCGUCGAUAGUAGACAAACAUUUGCACAGCUCUUGCUCGAUACGACCGACCGCUUAACUUCUAGAUCGCUUAAACUACGUGUGAAUCGUUCUGUGGAAUAUCAAAAAAUUGCAGGCUUUGGUGGUGCUUUCACCGGUACUGUUUCACAUUUGUUGGGUCUCCUCGAUCAGAAGUUGCAAGAUCACAUUUAUAAAUCAUAUUAUCACAAGGAUGGCGUCGGCUUUAAUAUGUUACGUACCCCAAUUGGUGGCUGUGAUUUUGAUCUUGCACCUUGGGCUUAUAAUGAGGAGCCUCGUGAUGAUCCAAAACUUUCCAAUUUCAAAAAAUUAGAUCCUCGCGAUGAGAUCAAGGUUGAACAAAUGCAGCGCUUAAAAACAGUAUCCGAUUUGAAAGACUUAAAAAUUAUGGCUGUGGCUUGGAGUUCACCAACUUGGAUGAAGACAAAUGGAAGGUGGACAGGUAUAGGACUGUUGAAGACUGAAUAUUAUCAGGCUUGGGCUGAUUAUCAUUUAAAAUUUAUUGAAUUAAUGGAUGCCAAAAAUAUGCCGGUCUGGGCCAUAUCAACUGGUAAUGAGCCGCUCAACGGAGUCGUCUUUUUCUUCUUCGUUCACUUUAUGAGUCUUGGUUGGGUACCAAAGAAUCAGGCAAUUUGGUUGAACGACUUUCUUGGACCUACAAUCCGGAAAUCCAAAUAUAAAAAUGUUCUGAUAUUCGGAAAUGACGAUCAGCGAUAUUCAUAUCCAUCUUGGUUUGUUGAAAUGAAUCGCACUCGGCCGGGUGUUCUUAAUUACCUCGACGGCUUAGCGGUACACUGGUACUGGGAUGAUAUGUUUGCACCCAAUCUAAUAGAUCUGACUGUUAGACAAUUGCCAGGCAAAAUGGUGUUAAAUACUGAGUCCUGCAUAGGAGACAAGCCAUGGCAAACUCAUGGACCCGAGCUGGGCUCAUGGGAGCGAGGCGAGUAUUUCGCACGCGAUAUCCUGCACAACUUGCAGCAUUCCUACAAUGGUUGGAUCGAUUGGAAUCUCGUUUUAGAUGAGCAAGGUGGACCGAACUACGUGAACAACAAUGUGGACGCGUCAGUGAUUGUGAAUGCCACAAAUCGCGCUGAGAUCUACAAACAACCGUUAUUCUAUAGCAUGGGACACUUUUCGAAAUUCGUGCCCGAGGGUUCGGUGCGUAUUGAGGCGAGAAUGCUGAGCUUGGCAGUGGAGGCGGUCGCUUUCAAGCGGCCCGAUCAACGCAUUGCUGUGGUGCUGCUCAAUAGUGAAAAACGCGCCGUGGAUGUGCUUCUGAAUGACAGCGUACGCGGCGAGAUAAAGAUCAAUAUACCAGCGCAAUCUUGGCACACGAUUGUCUAUAAUUAAAUUAAGUACAAUUUGCACAUUUAGGAGCACAAAUGCGUAUGCACAGAUAAACAAGCAUAAUUUCUAGGUUAAUUGGUAUUUUUAGAGCAAUUCGAUUUUCAAAUAAUUUCGGUAGGAAAGAAAUUUUUUAAAAAAAACUUGACAAAAUGUAUAUGUAAGAUAAUAAAAAGCAAAGAGUAAUUCAA